AUGGGUCACGAAGACGCUGUCUACCUCGCCAAGCUCGCUGAGCAGGCUGAGCGUUACGAGGAAAUGGUUGAGAACAUGAAGAUUGUCGCCUCCGAGGACCGCGACCUCACCAUCGAGGAGCGCAACCUGCUCUCCGUCGCCUACAAGAACGUCAUUGGCGCCCGCCGUGCCUCAUGGAGAAUCGUCACCUCCAUCGAGCAGAAGGAGGAGUCCAAGGGCAACUCUUCCCAGGUUGGCCUCAUCAAGGAGUACCGCCAGAAGAUCGAGGCCGAGCUUGCCAAGAUCUGCGAUGACAUCCUCGAUGUCCUUGAUGCUCACCUCAUCCCUUCUGCCAAGUCUGGCGAGUCCAAGGUCUUCUACCACAAGAUGAAGGGUGAUUACCACCGCUACCUCGCCGAGUUCGCCAUUGGCGACCGCCGCAAAGACUCCGCCGACAAGUCCCUCGAGGCAUACAAGGCCGCCACAGAGGUCGCUCAGACCGAGCUGCCUCCUACCCACCCCAUCCGCCUGGGUCUUGCUCUCAACUUCUCGGUCUUCUACUAUGAGAUCCUGAACGCCCCCGAUCAGGCUUGCCACCUCGCCAAGCAGGCUUUCGACGAUGCCAUUGCUGAGCUCGACACUCUCAGCGAGGAGAGCUACAAGGACUCCACUCUCAUCAUGCAACUCCUGCGCGACAACCUCGUAAGUUGGCAUCCACAAAUUUGUUUGAAGAGGAUCAAUUCGUUAACUUCGCCACAAAGACCCUCUGGACCUCGUCCGAGGCCGAGCCCGCUGCCGAGUCUGCCGCGCCUGCUGCCGAAGCCGAGAAGCCCGCCGAGACCGCUGCUGCUGCCGAGGAGCCCAAGGCCGCCGAGUAAGAUCGGCAAAACCUCCCAAAGACGAUAUACAAAAGAGGGCACUGGUUAG